GAGGGGGCCUGGGGACCAGCUGAGCAUCCAGGCAGGGUUCCAAACAGCCGCAGGAGGCGGCGGCACGAGGAAAACCUGGGGCCGGGGACCCAGGACCAAGGACAGCGGCUUCCUCUGGCUCAGUGCAGCAUCCUUCCUUCUAUCCAUCGCAGCUGGAGGAGAGGAGAAUCAGGAGUUAAGGGCCAGGGGCCAAGGCCAGCAACAUCCUUCCAACUGAAGCUGCGAGAGCGGCGGCGGCGGUGAGGUAGGGGGGCAGGAUGGCAGAGAGCGAGGCGGAGACCCCGAGCACCCCAGGCGAGUUCGAGAGCAAAUACUUUGAGCACCACGGGGUCCGGCUGCCGCCUUUCUGCAGGGGGAAGAUGGAGGAGAUUGCCAAUUUCCCAGUGAGGGAUAGCGACGUCUGGAUCGUGACCUACCCCAAGUCAGGCACAGGCUUACUCCAGGAAGUGGUGUACUUGGUGAGUCAGGGGGCUGACCCGGAUGAAAUCGGCUUAAUGAACAUCGAUGAACAGCUUCCUGUCUUGGAGUACCCUCAGCCAGGGCUGGACAUCAUCAAGGAGCUCACAUCCCCUCGACUCAUCAAGAGCCACCUUCCCUACCGCUUCCUGCCUUCAGACCUCCACAACGGUGACUCCAAGGUAAUCUACAUGGCUCGCAACCCCAAAGACCUGGUGGUGUCUUACUAUCAGUUCCACCGCUCUCUGAGGACCAUGAGCUACAGGGGAACAUUCCAAGAAUUCUGUCGAAGGUUCAUGAAUGAUAAACUAGGAUAUGGUUCGUGGUUUGAGCAUGUCCAGGAAUUCUGGGACCAUCAUAUGGAUUCCAAUGUGCUUUUCCUCAAGUAUGAAGACAUGCACCGGGACCUGGCGACGAUGGUGGAGCAGCUGGUGAGAUUCCUGGGUGUGUCUUAUGACAAGGCCCAGCUAGAGUCUAUGGUGGAGCACUGCCACCAGCUCAUUGACCAGUGCUGCAAUGCGGAGGCCCUUCCUGUGGGGCGUGGAAGAGUUGGCCUAUGGAAGGACAUCUUCACUGUAUCCAUGAAUGAGAAGUUUGAUCUGGUAUACAAACAGAAGAUGGGAAAGUGUGACCUUGUCUUUGACUUUUAUUUAUAAAAGAGAUAGAGAGAAAACUCAAACUACAAAAAACUUUGCAUGCUCGCAGCACCCGUGUCCUGUACGACUAGCUAGAAGCCCUUGAUGCGUUACCUUAUGACUUGCUGGACAAAUAUUGGUAGCUCUGUGUAAAACAACUGGAAAAAGCCAACAGCUAAGUAACUGUAGGCCACGUAAUUACCUUCAGUCCCAAACAGCCCUCUACUCUGUAGUGUUUGAAGUCCUUUAUCUACUCAUAUGAACAUAAGCUAUUACAAAAACAUGCAGCUGUGAUGGACUGUAUUCUAUAUAAGUACAAAGUAUGUAACAUAUAUGCAAUUAGAAUGUAUGCCUUUUCUGCCCCGUCCUGAUUAUUUAUUGUAUUUUAUAGAGCUUUUCACCAAGACUCUGAAUAAACAUAGUAAACCAAAUAAAUGUUCAUUUCAGAGGGGAAUCAGUGACAAGCCCAAAUGGAAUUCUAGAAUGAUCUCAGGGGUUAACUGUUGUAUUUAUUUUUGUAGUUUUAUCAUAACGGGCACAAUUAUCUGGCUCUUAGAUGAGAAAUGGCUCUAAGAUAGAGGGUGGGGAGAGGGCGAGAGUCUGGAAGACAGCUCUUCCUUCUUUGAUUUUUCUAGGGCUCAGUCUUUGGUGUCUCUUCUGAAAUGUAGGCAUAUCCUGCUUCACGUAAUUCCUUGAUCUUGAUACUAAAAACAAUGCCAGAGGGGCAGUUAACUUUCUAAGAAUGAUGUUACAAGUCAGGCAGUAAGCAGGCUGCUGGUAAUUAGUGCUUGUACCCCAGGGACUAGCUUGAAUCCCUCCUAACUAUCAGACCUGGUCUGAGGCAAAUAGCCAAGGGAUACUAUGGAGGACAUGUGUGAAGUGAUAGCAGGGUUCAGUCAUAUCAGCCCAAGAUGAUAAUGGUUGAAGCCACAUCAUGAGGGUUGUGCCCACUGAUGCAGAAACUGGACCCUAGGUUUUCCAGAUAGGGGAGGGCUUUCUGCGUGGUUUUCUUUGGCCUGUGAAGGUUGCUAGGAGAACUUUGGUGACGGAGGCUGGCAAGGGGAAUCCAGCACAUGGGCAUGUAACAUAAUUUGAAGUAUUCACAUGGAAGAUGACGUUUGCAGCAACAAAAAACAUUAGCCAUAAACUGCAACUGGAAGUUAUGUUUUACUCCAUAGCUGCCUUUUUUGUCCCCUAAGACAGCAGUCAACUGAAAGUGGCAAGCAGCCUGCCAACUAUGAGACUUGUAAAAUACUCUUGCAUUUUCCUUACUGUUUAUGUUGUUCUGUCUGUCCUCAAGGCCUUGGAUGCAGGGGAAACAUUUUUCAAGCUUGACACCAUACUUCACUCAGACCAGUUCUUGCUCCUUUUUACAUGAGUCCUGAACCUCCUGGUAUCUGAAGGGAAAAGGUGAUACUGUCACUGCCUUCCCACCAGGCCCGAAGCACGAGAACCCAGAGGGGUAAGGAAAGAAACUCUCAAUAGCAUCAGAGAAAAUCAUGGGGGAAAGGAGAGCCAGAAGGUGGUGGGAAGGGACAUGGGCAGCUGCCGUCUGGCUCCCAAUCACUUUCUCGACGGGAGCUGUGAGAAUGCCUGUCUCUUCUAAGAUGAAGCAGCAGCUGAAAUGCAGUCCUUACCCAGGUUCUAGGACUAGAAGGGCAGAUACUACCCCAAAGGGCUCAGUUCUGUGCUGCUUUAUUUGAAACACAGGUGUAGACACUGGAUUUAUACUUUUAUUCCUUUUUAAAUAAAAGAAGAAAAAGCUGUUUGGAGAGCAGGUGGCCAAUAGCAUGGUCGGGCACCUUCUCUUGUCUAGCUGUGUGUGAGGCUGCUCUCCAUGAAAUUUCAUUUCUAUUUUUCUAUUUCUCAUAUUGUAUCAACCUUCAGCACUUCGUGUCCUUUCUGUGCUUGCUUGCUUGCUUCUCCAAUAAAGACGUGUUCUGUGCCUGGGGUCCUUUCA